AUGCAGCUGCUGACAUUUGCCCAAUGGCAGAUGAGCUGCGAAGCAGACGAGAGGAAAUUGCUUUUCACCUACUUCCUCAUCCUCGUUACCAAGAAGACCCUCAGUCAGAAUGCGAUGGUAAGGUUUGCCCAUAUGUUCGUCGAGAUUGGCACGGAAAUUAUGGAAAAAGACGUGGAAGGCGAGGCGGCCAAGGCAUGGUCCGAUCUGCAAAGCGCCGCUGAGGAUCCGGAGCUAGAUGAGAUACAUACAGCUGAGGCUAAGCUGGAAAAGUUGAAGGCAUUUCUCCAAACUGUAGCCUUCAGCGUGUUGGAAUCAGACUGGAAGCCAGAAAGUUGGCACGUACCGGAGCCUUCAACAGAACAGGGAAUCCGAUCAGAAGCACUGCCGAUGCUCCUUAAGAAGGCAGACCCCAUUGUCAGGGCCUUGACAAAAAGGUGGGGGAUUCCCAAAAUUGGGUGUACCUCUUUGGGGUCCCUAUAA